AUGUGUGAGCAGAUGAUUUCAGUCCUGGCCCUCACCAUGUGCUGGCUUCUCUUCUGCCUCUUUGUGGCCUUGGCUGCAAGUGAGAGCAUCAGUUAUGAGCCCACCCUCAACCCCAAAAAAACAUAUGAAUAUAAAUAUGUUGGUAUGGUGAACGUUGGCCGUGACAUGCCAGACCUGGCUGAGGCUGGAAUCAAACUACAGUGCACUUUUAAAAUCACUGGAGUAUCAAUGCACACUUUUCUGCUUGGGAUCUCCAAUGUGGUAUUUGAAGAGUUUAAUGGAAUCCCUGGUGAGAGCUCCUUCAGGCUCGCGCCCAACCUCACCAAGCACUUGGCGGCUGAGCUUACCAGACCCUUCACCUUCGAAUACACGAAAGGACAAGUAUCGGACAUAAAGGCUGCACCUGAGGUCUCCAACACUAUUGUAAACAUAGUGAGAGGCAUUCUUGGAUUUCUGCACGUUACAGUCAAAACCACCCAGCGAGCUUAUGAGCUUACUGAGGUUGGAAUUCAUGGUGUAUGUCAAAGCUCUUAUGUUAUUGAAGAGAAUACAACUACCAAAGAGUUGUAUGUGACCCAAGUCGUUGACAUUGCCAACUGCCAGCAAAAAGUAGCAAUUUAUGAUGGAAUGGCACUGACUGAAGAAAAUAAAAUCAGCAAAGAGAGAGGCGAGAAUGUUGUUGCUACUGUGAAAUAUGCAUAUACAGUCAAGUCCACAGGAAGUGGUGGUCUGAUUACUCAGGCCUCAGCCAAUGAAAGGCACCACUUCUCCCCAUUCAAUGUGAAGGGUGGCAACUCGAAACUACAGGCCAUACGGAAUAUUGUGCUACUCAAAGAGACAGACACUGUCGGGAAACCUGUAACAGGUCAAGUGAAAAGCAAGGGAAAUUUGAUGUACCAAAUUGAGAAAGGUCUGUGGCAAAUGCCAAUUCUGAUGACUGAUCUAACGAAGCCAGUGCCCAAGAUUAUAGACCUGAUCAAGCAUUUGGCUCAAGAUAACAUCCACCAGCUCAAUGGUGCCACAAGUGCUGAUGUUCUUAAUCUUAUUCAACUGCUUCGUUCAACAACACAAGAAGAUCUGGAGCUGUUGUGGAAGCAGCUGUCCACAAACAAUGAGCAUAGGAGGUGGUUCUUGGACACAGUUGUUGAGGUUACAGAUGAGAGAGUUCUCAAGUUCCUGCAGAAGAGGUUCAAAGCUGCAGACAUCUCUGCAAAUGAGGCUGGACAGACACUUUUGCUAGCCUUCAACCAUCUGUCUGCUAAACUCGAGUUAGUGGAGAUGGCAAAGGAGUUUUUAACUCUGCCCUUCAGUAAGUCCCACAUUCUGCUGUGGAAUACUGUGGUUUUAUCAUAUGGCUCUCUGGUAUACAAAGUUUGCGCUCGUGUGAAUCCCUGCCCUGUCAUCACUGUACAGCCGCUGCUUAAUAUGGCCACUAACGGACUUGCCAAAGGCGUCAAAGAAGACAUGGUGGUUGCUCUGAAAGCCUUGGGAAAUGCAGGCCAUCCUUUGAGCAUUAAAACUAUAAUAAAGUUCCUUCCUGGUUUCUCAGCCAAGGCAGACACCUUGCCCACAAGUGUUAAGACUGUGGCUGUACAGUCCCUCCGACACCUCGCCAUCAGAGAUCCACACAAGGUCCAGGAUAUUACUCUAACCAUCCUUGCCCAAAGGACCAUUACUGCUGAAAUAAGAAUGCUAGCUUCCAUCAUUCUUCUGGAGACCAAACCUCCUGUAGCCGUGAUCUCACUAGUGACGGAGAUCCUUUUACAUGAGUCGGACCUCCAAGUGGCAAGUUUCGCCUAUUCUCGACUAAGAAGCCUUGCAAUGUCCCGCACCCCUGACAAUCAUUAUCUCUCGACAGCUUGUAACAUUGCAGUGAAAACACUUGCUCGGAAACUUGGUCGCCUAAGUUAUCGAUUUAGCCAGGCUCUACGUUUGGACUGGUUUCAUGAUGACCUUUUGGCUGGUGCAUCCGGUGAGUUUUUUAUACUGAGAAAUGGUACGAGUGUAAUACCCACAUCAAUAAUUUCUAAAGGAAAGCUUCACUUUAUUGGAAGAAUACUACAACUUGUUGAGCUUGGUGUGCGUGCAGAGGGCCUUAACGAGCUAUUCAAAGACAGAAGUGGCAUCACCAAAGAUUUUGAAGUUAUGGAUUUUGCAACGAUCAUGAAAAUACUCUCAGACUUUCAGUCCCUACCCAAAGAUAAACCUCUCUUAUCUGUAUAUGCAAGAGUAUUUGGACAAGAAGUCUCCUUUGUAGAUCUGAAUCAAGAUGUCAUUCAAAAGAUUCUGAAGUCCAUGAGCCUUAUGGCAAGUAAAGAAAACAAAGUAUGGAAUAUUAUCCAAAAUCUACAAAAAGGACUCUCAUGGCACUGGACAAAGCCAUUCCUCACAUUCGAAACCCGAUUCAUUCAGCCAACUUGUCUUGGCCUCCCCGCUGAAAUCAGCAAAUAUUAUUUUUCUUUGACAGCCAUAAAUGUAAAUGCAAAAGCUGAUUUUAACCCGCCACCAAAAGAACAUCUACAUGAACUGAUAAAUGCCGAUAUUUCUCUGGACACUGCUGGAUUUUCUGGGUCGGCAAAGGACUUUUUUGCCUUCCAUGGAAUCAGCACAGAUCUCUUUCAGUGUGGUGCCCAGCUGAACAGCAAGACUAUUGUGUCUUUGCCUUGGAAAAUUGGCAUGAAAAGGAACACCAAUGACAACAAUUAUGAGAUCAACCUCGUACCCACCAAAAAAAACACAGAGCUCUUGACAGUCAAUUUCAAUAUAUAUGCUGUGUCAAGAAAUAUUGAAGAUCUGUCAUUGGCCAAAAUGACCCCCAUGACACCAGAGAACAAAGACUAUGAGGAAAAUGCAUCAAUGGAAAGGAAAGACACUGAUGGUUCUAUAGAUGAGAAAGGUACAGAAGUAUACCAUCCAAAAUUAAAGUACUGUGCUGAAGCAAGCAUAUAUGGGACAGCAAUCUGCACUGAAAUAGAAGUGCAACGAGUCCAUUACCUUAAAGAAUAUCCUCUUUACUACUUCUUGGGGUACACGCGUUUUACAUGUCAGCUUCAGCCAGUCAAGACUGUCAAGCCUGUAGAGAAAAUCAAAAUCCAGAUUCACGGUGCGCCUCCUAAGCAUACAGCAGAGCUCAGUCAACUCAUGGCUGAAACACACGAAACAAUGAAGGAUACAGAAGGUACGCUGUCCAACUCUCAGGAGGAUCGGGGAUUGGAGCUCACUCCUGAUCCUGUGCUCACUGUAAAAGUACUGGCUUUCAGUCCUAAAGGAAAGCCACGAGGCUAUGAAGGAUCUGCCUAUUACACCCCAACUACACAGAUGGACGACAUAGAGCUGAUCAUUUCUGAGGUCGCUGAAGAAGUGAACUGGAAAAUUUGUGCUGAUGCCAAUAUUGACAAGAUUCAAUCAGGAGCAAAGGCCCAUUUCAAAUGGGGAGCUGAGUGUCAGCCCUAUGAAGUGGCAGUGAAGGUCUCUGCUGUGGGUGGGACUAAGCCCUCUAUAAAUGUAGAAAUUAACUGGGGAGCUGUUCCUGCAUUCAUCCAAGUAGUUGGCCAAAGGAUUCGGGAGUACUUGCCAGGUAUGUCCUACCUUAUGGGUUUCCAUCAGAAACAUGAGAAAAAUGAUGAACAAGAAGUUUCAGCCACUCUAGCUUCCUCUCAGGAAGGAUUUGAUGUUAAAGUCAAAAUACCUGAGGUAUGGUUAUAA